AAUUGUUGUAAGAAAACUAACAAAAAAACAUGUACUGUAAAUAUAAUUUUAGCUACAUUUCAUUUCAGUAAUUUUAAACCACAAAUAAUUUUUUGUAAGGAUUAACAGAUUUAAUAAAUUAUAAAAUAAAUUUCACAAAUAGUACGCUAAAGAGAUGUGUCAGAAGCUGUCGUUGAAAGGAUGGAUUCGUGUAUCGCCGAGGGGUACAAUCUAUGGCCAGAUUCAAGGAGAGAAAAAUAGCGUUGAUGAAAUGGCUCUAUGGCUUAGACUUCAGGGGAGUCCCGGCGCUCGUAUUGACUCGUGUCAGUUCAAGAACUGGAAAGUGAUCGACAGCUGCGACUUCAGGAACUUUUCAGUCAGAUAUUGAAACACAAUUCAAUACAAUUAAAUGUUAAUUAAAAAUCCCUUUUUUGUUCGUUAAUAUUGAUGUCAAUUCUUAUGUAAUAUUCUUUAUCUGAUUAUAA